GGCAACGGAGUCGGCGGCCGCAGGGACAACCGUCGGAGGAGCCGCGGCGGAGAAGCCCGGAGCGCGGCGGGGCUGAGCAAACAGAAUUUGAGAAAGUUGGUCCUCCCAUUCCAAGUGAAAAGAUGGCUGUGUUACGGCAGUUUGGGCUUCUUCUCUGGAAGAAUUACAUCUUGCAGAAACGGAAGGUUUUGGUGACGUUGAUUGAGAUUUGCCUCCCCUUGUUGUUUGCUGCCAUCCUUAUUGGCCUGCGCCAUCGGGUCCAUUCGGUCAAUCACCCCAAUGCCACUUUAUACCACAGCAAGGAGGUGAACGAGCUGCCCAGGAUCUUCCAUCGCCGGCAUUUGGGCGUCCCCUGGGAACUGGCGUACGUCCCUUCCAACAACACGGCCGUGCAAAACAUCGCCGAGAGGGUGGAGAAGGACUUGAAAAUCGAAGCUCGAUGGUUUCCAUCCGAAAAAGAGUUUGAACGCUACAUCCGUUUCGAUAACCAUUCAGGCAACAUACUGGCAGGAGUGGUUUUUGAGAACUGUGUGGCUAACAGCCAGGAUCCCUUGCCACUCCAGGUUAGUUACCGGCUACGUUUCAAAUAUAGUCCUAGAAACGCUCCUCCGAGUGAGAGGACAGGAUUGAAUCCCAACUUGGAUCGAGACUGGAAAACCCGUUACCUCUUCCCAUUGUUCCAGCUGCCAGGACCCAGAGAGGCAAAAAGUGACGAUGGAGGCACACCAGGCACGGGGAUACAGUGGGGAAACCUGAUGAGAGCUGUCAGUGUUGAUGAUAACUUCACAAUGGCUCAUGUGCUGGGUAUGCUUCUCCUGGAUUCUGCAAUCUAUGGCUUUGUUGCUUGGUACAUGGAGAACGUGUUUCCGGGAGAAUAUGGCAUUCCACAACCCUGGUAUUUCUUUGUCAUGCCUUCUUACUGGUGUGGGAGCCCCCAGACUGUUCUGGGAAAAGAGAAGGAAGAGGAGGAAGACCCAGAGAAAGCCUUGAAGAGUCAGUUCAUAGAGGAGGAGCCUUCGGACUUGGUGUCAGGCAUCAAAAUCAAACACCUUUUCAAGGUGUUCAAAGUGGGAAACAAAACCAGAGAAGCUGUGAAGGACCUGACUCUUAAUAUGUACGAAGGACAAAUCACUGUCCUGCUUGGACACAACGGGGCUGGGAAAACCACCACUUUGUCCAUGCUGACAGGACUGUAUCCCCCUACAAGUGGACAGGCGUACAUCAAUGGCUACGAAAUCUCCAAAGACAUGGUUCUCAUCCGGAAGAGCCUGGGUCUUUGUCCUCAGCACGAUGUCCUCUUUGACCACAUGACGGUGGAAGAGCACCUGUACUUCUACUCUGGGCUGAAAGGUUUUCCUGCUGAAAAACGCCUGGGGGAGAUCGCCCAUAUCCUGCACAUCCUCAACUUACAAGAGAAACGUGGCACUUUGUCAAAGGCCCUUUCCGGGGGCAUGAAACGCAAGCUCUCCAUUGCCAUUGCUCUCAUCGGGGACUCCAAGGUGGUGAUGCUGGAUGAACCUACCUCAGGCAUGGACCCCGUUUCACGACGGGCCACGUGGGAGCUCCUGCAGCAGCAGCGGAGAACUCGCACCAUCUUGCUCACCACCCAUUUCAUGGAUGAGGCAGACCUGUUGGGCGACCGCAUCGCCAUUAUGGCCAAGGGGGAGCUCCAGUGUUGUGGAUCUUCCCUCUUUCUCAAGCAUAAAUAUGGUGCUGGGUACCACAUGGUGAUGGUGAAAGAGCCCUAUUGCAACCUCGGAGAGAUCUCCCGCCUCAUCUAUCAUUAUGUCCCCAAUGCUUCUCUGGAGAGCAACGUGGGGGCAGAAUUGUCCUUCAUUCUACCUAAGGAGAGCACACACAAAUUUGAGGCUUUGUUCACAGAGCUGGAGUUACGCCGGGAAGAACUGGGCAUUGCCAGUUAUGGAGCUUCCGUUACUACAAUGGAAGAGGUCUUCCUUAGAGUUGGCAAGCUUGUGGAUUCCAGCAUGGACAUCCAAGCCACCCAGCUGCCAGCUUUGCAGUACCAGCACGAACGGCGAUCCAAUGACUGGGCCACGGAUGACUCCAGCAGCAUGAGUGGCAUGACGAACAUGACCGAUGACAGUGGGGCGCUCAUCACCGAAGAUUGCUCUAACAUUAAGCUGAACACAGGGUUCUACCUCUGCUGCCAGCAGUUCUACGCCAUGUUCAUGAAGAGAGCGGUGUACAGCUGGCGCAACUGGAAGAUGGUAGCAGCCCAGUUUUUGGUGCCUCUUAUUUUCACUGCUUUUGCCUUGAUCUCCGCCAAGACCUUCCCGGGACCGCAAGACUCUCCGUUGUUGAAGCUGACUUUAAAUCCGUACGGGCAAACCACGGUGCCUUUCUCCGUCUCCCAAGGCUCCAGUCUGGGCGAGAGGCUGGCAGCGCAGUACAGGGAUGCGGUUGGUGCUCAGCGCCAGGAGCCGUUGGAGGUGGUAGGAGACUUGGAGGAAUAUCUGAUUUCUCGAGCAUCCGAAGAAGCUGGAGCCUUUAAUGAGUACCACAUAGCGGCAGCUUCUUUCCAAGAGACCUCGGACCAGAUAGACGUCACCGCUCUUUUCAACAACCAAGCGUUUCAUUCUCCUGCCACUGCGUUGCUACUGGUGGACAAUGCCUUGUUGAGGCUAAUAGCGGGACCCAAUGCCUCCAUCACAGUGGCGAACUAUCCGCAGCCUCGCAACAUGACCGAGACAGCGAAGGACCAGCUCAUGGAAAGCCAGACAGGUUUUGCGAUCGCCAUUAACUUGCUUUACGGAAUGGCCUCCUUAUCCAGCACCUUUGCGCUCCUUCUGGUCAACGAGAGGGCCAUCAAAGCCAAACACGUACAGUUUGUCAGCGGUGUUUACAUGGUGAACUUCUGGCUCUCGGCGCUUCUAUGGGACCUCAUCAACUUCCUUACACCUUGCACCCUCAUUCUGGUGAUCUUCCAAGCCUUUGACAUCAAAGCGUUCACUCAGGACAACCAUCUCGUGGAUAUAAUGCAGAUAUUUCUUCUGUAUGGCUGGGCCAUUAUCCCUCUCAUGUACCUCCUCAGCUUCUUCUUUUCUGUAGCAGCCACAGCCUACACCCGCCUCACCAUCUUCAACAUCUUCUCUGGCACAGCCACGUUCUUGGCGGUCGUCAUCAUGAGCAUUCCCGAACUUGGAAUGGUGGAUCUUUCCAAUAUGUUGGAUAAAAUCUUUCUAAUCCUACCCAACUACUGCUUGGGACAAAGUAUCAGCAAGUUCUACCAGAAUUAUGAGUUCAUUCAGUUCUGCACUUCUUCUUUUGAGUCGGUGCUCAUCUGUAAAGUAUUUAAUAUCACCUACCAGACAAACUACUUCGCUUGGGAAAGCCCAGGCGUUGGAAAAUACUUGACAGCUAUGGCAGCUCAAGGGCUCUCCUUCCUUCUCCUGCUCUUUCUCAUCGAGACUAACCUUCUCUGGAGAAUGAGGACCAUUGUUUGCGACAUACGGCGGAGGCGGAAAUGGGUCAUGCUGCUAAACCAGGUUCCGGUGCUUCCAGAAGACCGGGAUGUUGCUGAUGAAAGAAAGAAGGUUCUGGAAUCUCCAGUAGCAUCAAUUUCUUCUCUGAAUAGUCCUCUGGUGAUUAAGGAGCUUACCAAGGUGUAUAGUAGCAGGGAUUCUUGUCUGGCUGUGGACAGAAUCUCUCUUGUGGUCAGCAAGGGAGAAUGUUUUGGCCUUCUGGGUUUCAACGGGGCAGGCAAAACCACAACCUUCAAGAUGCUAACAGGGGACGAGAGCAUCACCUCGGGAGAUGCUUACGUGGAUGGACACAGCAUCCUGGACAAUAUCAAAAAGAUCCAGCAGCGGAUUGGCUACUGUCCUCAAUUCGAUGCACUUUUGGAUCACAUGACUGGAAGGGAGACCUUGAGCAUGUACGCCCGACUGCGGGGCAUCCCUGAACGCUACAUCGGCAGCUGUGUGGAGAACAUGCUUCGCGGGUUGCUCUUAGAACCUCAUGCCAACAAACUCAUCCGCACAUACAGUGGUGGGAACAAGCGGAAACUAAGUGCAGGAAUUUCUCUCAUUGGUGGACCUCCUGUGGUGUUCCUGGAUGAACCCUCCACGGGCAUGGACCCUGUGGCCAGGCGCCUAUUAUGGGAUGCAGUCGCUCGGACACGGGAGUGUGGGAAGUCCAUCAUUAUCACUUCUCACAGCAUGGAAGAAUGUGAAGCUCUGUGUACCAGGUUGGCCAUCAUGGUCAACGGGCAGUUCAAGUGCCUGGGCAGCCCUCAGCACCUGAAGAGCAAGUUUGGCAGUGGAUAUACCCUGCUGGCCAAAACCCACUGUGAUGAAGAAGGCCACGUAGAAGACUUCAAGGCCUUCGUGGAGAAGACAUUUCCUGAGAGUGUCCUGAAGCAUGAACACCAGGGAAUGGUCCAUUACCACCUCACCAAUAAGAACCUCAGUUGGGCACAGGUGUUUGGGACACUCGAAAAAGCCAAAGAGAAGUAUUGCAUAGAAGAUUACUCCGUAAGCCAAAUCUCCUUGGAGCAAGUCUUUAUGAGUUUCACGCGUUUCCAGCACUACACAGAAGAUUGCAAGAAAUGAGUCUUAAGUCUUCUCCAGCCUCUUUUGGCGGACUGACCUGUUGCCUAUAAGAUAGUCUAUAAAGAGAAGGUAAUUUAUAGUAUCAGCCAUGUCUCCAACAACAAGAAGAAUGGACAUAUUCUCAUUGGACAAUUGGUACACCACUGUACUGACUUUAUGAAGUUGAAUGCGUGGGUUGUGUGGAUGUGUUGUAUGUCCAUUUGUCUGUGUGAGGCAUGAGAAGGAGGAGGAAUGCUUAACCAACUUUCAAGGCAGCUGGGAUGUCCUACCAACUCUCACUCCAUUUUGAUGACAAUGGGAGGGCAUAGCCUACUAACAGUCGUGGAAGCAGCUAACCCUGAAUCCUGGGACAGUUCAGUAUCUUGGAUGCUAGGAUGCUAGUUUCUUCUUCCUUUUCCAGCCUCCCAAUCUCAUCUUCUUGAGAAGUUUCCACUGGACCAGUGUUGGUGUCAUUGGCCCGCCUGCAUGUCCCCAGUUUUGGAGCAUUGACAGCACAUAUUCACCCAUGUGGUUGUGAUCCAUAUCUAUAGGUUCAGGCAAAAAACUCUUUGGGAUGAACCCACUUGUGGUCCUUUGGAUGGUUUGCAUCUUUUAGAUGAUGAAAAAGCAAACAAGUGAAAGAAGCAAGCCAUUUUGAGCCCUUCCUUAGAUUGUAUCCAGGAAAUUGACUCUGCUCUUCAAGAACUAGUGAAGCAAGAUUUAAUAUCUCCACUUUCUUGGUGAGAAUAAGACAAGUUUGUUUUGACAGUCUUCAGCAUCCAUACUGCACACACCAGUAUCUAAAUCUGCUUUCCAAAGAUCUCAUGAACAUCAGAUCACAAGCAGCAAUCAUGAGCUUUCUCAUUGCAAAGCUGCCUUUGAUGCCAUUUAGAAUAACUUUUCCCGGUCUGGGUGCCCUCAGGAUGGAUGUGGACUUCCAACUUCCAGGAGUCCCCAGCCAGCAUGCCACUCCUGAGAACUCUGGAACUUGGUAUCUGUACCUCUAGAACUCAUUCAGGCCGAGGAAGUUGAUUCAGAGAGAUCGUCCUUGAAAAACCUAAGAGUUUGAUGUUCACAUCAGCUCCAAAUUGUUGUUAGCUGCCACAAGGUAGAUACAGGAGUCUUCAAACUUGACAGCUUUAAGACUUGUGGACUUCAAUUCCCAGAAUUCCUCCUCCAGUCAUGUUAGCUCAGGAAUUCUGGGAAUUGAAGUCCACAAGUCUUAAAGCUGUCAAGUUUGAAGACCCUUGAGGUAGACGAUCCAUUUUGUGGCUAUCUUAUUGCCAGCUAACUCUUGUAGACUUGCUGGAUUUGGCAAUAAAGCCAUAGCUCUGUUUCUGGAAACAUAGAAAGUCAAUGAAUUCACCUUCAGUGAAUCUUCCUUCCACCCAUCUGUCCUUUCCGUAUCUGUAUUCCUUCCUUCCUUUCUUCUAUAUCUGUAUUACUUCCUCCCUUCCUCCCUCCCUCUACUUCUAAAUGCUUCUGGAUGAUGCUUCUAGACCAUAAUAAGUGAGCUUGGAAAUGACAGUGGUUGGGUUUUUAAGGCAGGCCAGGUUCUCGGGCAUCAGAGAGUUACUCUCUGCACAAUCCUUCCCUUCUGAGUAGUUCAGUCAAAUGAUGGUUGCAUCUCAGUUUUCAGUUGUGGUUUCCCUUGCUGCACCGAAAGUGUGAGGCCAGAGUCCACAAUCCGUCUGCCAGUUGUGUCUUGCAAAAGAGAGCAUUCUCGGGAUCUAAAAAAAAGACUUCCGUGCAUUUCUUCUCUGCAUAAAGGACUAGGGUUUUAAACUCAUGACAAUUUGAAUCAAUGCAAAAACUCUUUGCUGCUUGAAUCAACCAAUGACACAUGGAAUGUAUAUUAUCUGAGCAUCUGCACCUCUGUUAGUCAGAGGAGAAUUGGAAAAUAUGUGGCACCAGGAAGGGAAGAACUAAAGGAACGCCCGGGUUUUAUUUUGUGCUAUUUCUGAAUUAAUAGUUAACUUUUAGUUUGGGCUUCUGGUGCAGGUGUUAUAUAGUUUGUCCUUUAGCUGGUCUGUGCCUUUCAGUACUUGCCUCUGUGUGGAGUCUUAUCAAC